AUGGACUCGGUGAACUUGCGCCGCAAGGACACCACCAAGGGUCCGCCUUUGCGGAUCCUGUCGCUAGACGGUGGCGGCGUUCGAGGUUACUCCAUGCUCAUCAUUCUACAAGAACUCAUGUACCGGGUCUACGUCGAAUGUGAGGGUAAAGCGCCCCGUCGCGAAGAGAUCCCCAAACCAUGCGACUACUUUGACCUCAUCGCCGGCACCGGCACUGGCGGUCUGAUCGCCCUCAUGCUGGGUCGGUUACGCCUCGACCUCGAAACUUGCAAGGAAGUUUACGUGCGCAUGACCCGCCGAGUCUUCGAGACGGACAAGACCAUCGCGGGAAUCCCCUAUCGCUCGACCUUGUUCAAAGCGUCCCGGUUGGAGGAAGCCAUUCGCGAGUGCGUCCGUGAACACACCGUCUUCGAGGCCGAGGGGAACGACCAGACCAGCCCCGCGUCGAACCGCCACUCUAUGGCCAGUGCCCCCUACAGCCCCAACUCCGUCCUCCAACGAUCGGUGAGUCGCGCCAGUUUCAGCACCUCCAGCAACUCCCAUCCGUCCACCCCAACCAGCCACCGGGGUUCCACCUUCAUCAACGGACUCCGCUGGGGUAAUCCCGAUGCCUUGCUGUACGACAACCGAGAAUAUCGAACCAAAACUGCGGUCACGGCGUUGUACAAAGGCACCACGCGAAGCAACUCCACCGUCCUCCUGCGGUCCUACGACUCCCGGAGAGAACCCCCGCCCGAGUUCAACUGCACGGUCUGGCAGGCCGGUCGCGCCACCGCAGCCACCGGGCUCGCCUUCAAACCGAUCCAGAUCGGCCAGCACGUCUUCAUCGAUGAGGGCGUCGGCACCUACAACCCCUCCCCGCAGGUCCUGGAUGAGGCGGCCGUGAACGAGUGGCCGGGUCGCGAGAUUGGCGUCUUCGUCAGUAUCGGUACGGGUCGUCGUCCGUCGGGCACCAACAACCGACAACACGAGUGGUGGGAGGAUUUCUUCGGCGACGCCCUGGGCACCUUUGCCGAGGCCCGUCGACGGCUGAUCAACAAGAUCGAGGGGUGUGAGGAUAUCCACAUGGAAAUGCUGCGCGACCAUCUCGCGAAGCGCAACGUGAGCAAGGACAACUACUACCGGCUGAACGUGGAAGUGGGCGUGGGCGAAUUCGGCAUGAACGAGUGGAACCGACUGGUCGACAUCAGCACCAACACGCGACGGUAUCUGACCAAACCGGAUGUCAAGCGGCAAAUCCUGGACGCGGGCGUCAAGUUUGCCAAAAUCGAGCGCAUGCACCGUCGCCUAGCCGCCCGGGAGGCCGAGCCCGAGAACGAGUACCUGGCCACGCCCCAGGAGGAGAUGGGACUCUUCUCGCGCCCGGCCGUCUCCGUCUCGCCGCCCCAGACCUCCUAUCCCGACGCCGUGGAAUUGCCGGCCGAGUUGCCCGGCGACUUUGUACCGAUGGCGCCUUCGGGACCGCCGCCGCCGCCGCCGGGAGAGGACUAUCUGCCGGUCCAUCCCACCCCACAGGAUACGGUCGGAAUCUCCCAUAGCCGCAGGUCGGGGAGCGAUGGGGGGAGCCUGGCCCCCAGCGAUGCCAGCCGACCGGGGUCGCGACAGCAGCCGUAUCCGUCGCCGCGGGUGAGUUCGGAAUAUGGGGGGAUGCCACCCCCGGUGCCUCCCAAGACGCCGAUUCCGUAUCCCGACGCCAGCCAGCCCAGUGAACUGGGCGGGAUCCCGAUGCCCAUGCCGCUCGAGGUGCGGAAGAGUCCCGGACGUGGGUCGAAUGGAAAGAUUCGGCCGCCGUACCCGGUGGAUGAACCGCCGCCGGUGGUGAACCGACAGCGCAAACCCAGUUACCACGUGCGAUGA